AUGCUGCUCUUCUGGACAAUCACACUUUUCCUGGUGGGAGCAGCCCAAGGGAAAGAAAUUUGCUAGGGUGACCUUGGAUGCUUUUCUGACACUGAGCCCUGGGCUGGGACUGCAAUCAGGCCCCUGAAAAUUCUGCCCUGGAGCCCUGAGAAGAUUGACACCCACUUCUUGCUCUACACCAGUGAAAAUUCAAACACCUUUUAGAUUCUCCGCCUCUCUGAUCCAUCAACAGUUUAGGCAUCGAAUUUUCAAACAACCAAGAAGACCUGGUUCAUCAUUCAUGGCUUCUUAGACAAGACAGAGGAGAGCUGGGUGACAGACAUGUGCAAGAGCAUGUUUAAGGUGGAGGAGGUGAACUGCAUCUGCGUGGACUGGAAGAAGGGCUCCCAAACCCCCUACACACAGGCUGCCAACAACGUGCGGGUGAUGGGCGCCCAGGUGGCCCGGAUGCUCAACCUCCUCUCAACAAACUACAGCUACUCACCUUCCAAAGUCCACCUCAUUGGCCACAGCCUGGGAGCCCACGUGGCUGGAGAGGCAGGGAGCAGAACUCCAGGCCUGGGCAGGAUUACUGGAUUGGAUCCUGUAGAAGCCAGUGUCGAGGGCACUCCUGAAGAGGUUCGACUUGACCCUUCAGACGCUGACUUUGUUGAUGUCAUUCACAGGGAUGCAGCUCCCUUGAUCCCAUUCUUAGGCUUUGGAACAAACCAACUGAAGAGUCACCUUGACUUCUUCCCCAGUGGAGGAGAGGACAUGCCAGGAUAUAAUAAGAAUGCCUUGUCACAGAUCGUGAAACUAGAUGGCGUUUGGUCAGGAACCCGGGACUUUGUGGCUUGCAAUCAUCUGAGAAGCUACAAGUAUUAUUUGGACAGCAUCCUCAGCCCUAAUGGGUUCACUGCAUAUCCCUGCACUUCCUACAAGCACUUUGAUCACAACAAGUGCUUCCCCUGUCCAGACCAAGGCUGCGCACAGAUGGGUCACUAUGCUGACAAGUUUGCUGGCAGGAUAAGUAAAGAGCAGCAGAAAUUCUUCUUGAACACAGGUGGUGCCAAGAAUUUUUCAUGCUGGAGAUACAGAGUUUCCAUAACGCUGUCCAGAAGAAUGGUAACUGGUCAGGUCAAAGUUGCUUUGUUUGGAGAUAAAGGAAGCACUUGCCAGUAUGAUAUCUUCAGGGGGGUCAUCACACCAGGCUCUACCCAUUCCAAGGAGUUUGAGGCAGAGCUUGAUGUUGGGACAAUUGGGAAAGUCAAGUUUCUGUGGAACAACAAUAUGGUACACCCAACUUUCCCCAGUGGGGCAGCCAAGAUCACAGUGCAAACAGGAGAGGAGCAGACAGAGUACAACUUCUGUAGUCAAGACGCUGUGAGAGAAGACGUUCUGCUCACCCUCAUGCCCUGUGAAACUCCAAACACAGUAUGA